AUGGUGGCGACAAAAUAUCUGAGGAGGAAAAUAUCAUUCCCUGUCCCUCUCUUUUUUCCUUCUUUCAGAUCAGUCAAACCCUCGAGCACUUUUCAAAACCCUAACCCUGAAUCCGGAAACCAUCAUCGAUUUCAAUCAACCGUGAUGAAUCGUUACGACGACAGAAUUGUGGACGCCGGUUCUUACCAUCAGCGUCGGAGUGAUUUUAUGGGAUUACCGCCUACGGCGGGACCCCCUGCGGUAGGUGCUGCUCCAAACUACGUCCGCGGUGGACCGGCUCCAUUCAGAGGUCCUCCAGCACCACCACCGUCUUUUGUCGGCGGUGGAAGAGCUGCUGGAAGUGGAUACCCUCCUUUCGAACCUGGUGUUCGGGGAGGUUUUAAUAUUGGCGCAGGUGGGGGUGGAAGGGGAGGGAGAGGGUUCGGCUCUGGGAGAGAUGGUGGUGGAAGAAUGAGCAAUGGAGGCUUUGAUGGUGGUAGAGGCAGAGGAGGUAGAGGUUUUAAUUCAGGUCGCGGUGGCAGCAGAGGUGGCGGUGGCGGUGGUAGAGGUUUCGACAGAGGAUAUCAGGGUGGUGGGCGUGACGGAGGGAGAGGUGGGCGAGGUGGAGGGAGGAGCUUUGAUGGUGGUCGUGGUGGUGGUAGAGGAGGAAGAGGAAGUGGCGCUAAAGGGGACUUGGAUAGUAUAGCUUUACCAAAGCAAGAUUUUGGCAACUUGGUACCAUUUGAGAAGAACUUCUACAUCGAAUUUCCUUCUGUAAGGGACAUGACUGAUCAAGAGGUGGCAGUUUACCGUGGUCGGAGGGAGAUUACUGUUGAAGGACAUGAUGUCCCAAAGCCAAUCCGGAUGUUUCAUGAGGCAGGUUUUCCUGGUUACUGUCUAGAUGUCAUUUCCAGACUGGGAUUUGUUGAGCCAACACCAAUUCAGGCCCAAGGAUGGCCUAUGGCUUUAAAGGGAAGAGAUCUAAUUGGGAUUGCAGAGACUGGUUCUGGCAAGACUUUGUCAUAUUUGCUGCCUGCUGUAGUCCAUGUUUCUGCACAACCUCCAUUGGUUCAUGGAGAUGGUCCCAUUGUAUUAGUAUUGGCUCCUACUCGAGAAUUGGCUGUACAAAUCCAACAAGAAGCUGGCAAAUUUGCUUCGCAUUCUAAUAUAAGAAGCACUUGCAUAUAUGGUGGUGCCCCUAAGGGUCCACAGAUUCGUGAUCUUCAAAGAGGGGUUGAAAUUGUCAUUGGCACACCUGGUCGGUUGAUAGAUAUGCUAGAAGCUCGUCAAACAAACUUGAAAAGAGUGACUUACCUUGUUUUGGAUGAAGCUGAUCGUAUGUUAGAUAUGGGAUUUGAGCCUCAAAUCAGAAAAAUCAUUUCCCAAAUCAGACCAGAUAGACAAACUCUCUAUUGGAGUGCAACAUGGCCUAAAGAGGUCGAGAGUUUGGCAAGACAGUUCUUACGCAAUCCAUACAAGGUGAUCAUAGGAUCCCCUGUUCUGAAAGCCAAUCAGGCAAUAAACCAGGUAAUUGAAGUCGUAACAGACAUGGAGAAGUACAGCAGGCUUAUUGGAGUUCUGAAAGAAAUGAUGGAUGGAAGCAGAAUCCUAAUAUUUGUAGAAACAAAAAAAGGAUGUGAUCAAGUGACAAGACAACUUAGAAUGGAUGGAUGGCCUGCAUUAUCCAUCCAUGGUGAUAAAAGCCAAAGUGAAAGGGAUUGGGUGUUGGCUGAAUUUAAAAGUGGAAGGAGUCUUAUAAUGACAGCCACUGAUGUUGCUGCACGUGGUCUUGAUGUGAAGGACAUAAAAUGCGUGAUCAAUUAUGAUUUCCCAUCAAGCCUCGAAGACUACGUUCAUAGGAUAGGGCGUACUGGGCGUGCAGGAGCUAAAGGAAUUGCUGUUACUUUUUUCACACAUUCAAAUGCAAAACACGCAAGAGAGCUUGUUAAGAUUCUUCAAGAAGCUGGUCAAGCUGUUCCUCUUGCAUUGUCUUCUAUGACCCGGUCAACCGGUGGUGGAGGUUCUGGUGGGAACUUUAGAUCGAGGGGUCGAGGAGGUGGUGGUGGGUAUGGCAACCGAGGUAUGAUGUCGGGAUCCAACACGGUUCCUAUUGGUGGGAAAGGGCAUUGGUAGAGUAGAACACUUAACUUAUUGUAGGAUAUUUUUCUAAGACUACACUUGUUAUGGAUAUUUUUUCUGUUUUUCCACAGAAUGUAAUUGUAGCACAUUUUUUUUUUAAAGUUACUAGGAGUGUUUCACAUGUGGGUGGUAUGUUUCUUUUUGGAUGCAAAUCUAUUCCUUUUUAUUUUGUCAUAAAAUAAUUUUAAUGUU